CGGACCGGGGCGCGGGCGGAAGGGCGCCGGGUGCGGGGUCCGGAGCGGGGUUCGAGUCAGGCCCCGGAGCGGGAUCCGGAGCGGAACCGGGCGCGGGGGCCAUGGCGUCGUCCGGGCCGGCGGGGCCGCUGCUGCUGCUGCUGCUGCUCGUGCUGCUGGCGGGCGCGGCGCGGGCCGGCCUCCACUUCCGCCCGGGCCGGGGCUGCUACCGGCCCCCGCGCGGGGACCGGCUGUCCAGUCUGGGGCGCAGGACAUACCCCCGGCCUCAUGAGUACCUGUCCCCGAAGGACCUGCCCAAGAGCUGGGACUGGCGCAGCGUGGAUGGGGUCAACUACGCCAGUGUCACCAGGAACCAGCACAUCCCCCAGUACUGCGGCUCCUGCUGGGCGCACGGCAGCACCAGCGCCAUGGCGGAUCGGAUCAACAUCAAGAGGAAGGGGGCGUGGCCCUCCACCCUGCUGUCGGUGCAGAACGUCAUCGACUGUGGCGAGGCUGGCUCCUGCGAGGGGGGCAACGACCUGGAGGUGUGGGAGUACGCCCACAGUCAUGGCAUCCCCGACGAGACCUGCAACAACUACCAGGCCAGGGACCAAAAGUGUGACAAGUUUAACCAAUGUGGAACCUGCACUGAAUUCAAAGAGUGCAGCCCCAUCCAGAACUACACCCUCUGGAAAGUUGGCGACUACGGCUCCCUCUCCGGGCGGGAGAAGAUGAUGGCAGAGAUCUACGCGAAAGGCCCCAUCAGCUGCGGCAUCAUGGCGACAGAGAAGAUGGUUGCCUACACCGGCGGCAUCUACGCCGAGUACCAGGAGAAGGCCUACAUCAACCAUAUCAUUUCCGUGGUUGGGUGGGGCGUCAGCGAUGGCACUGAGUACUGGAUCGUACGGAAUUCAUGGGGUGAACCAUGGGGCGAGCGAGGCUGGAUGAGGAUAGUCACCAGCACCUAUAAGGACGGGAAGGGCGCUGAUUACAACCUUGCCAUCGAGGAGAACUGCACAUUCGGGGACCCCAUUGUUUAAGGCAAUCAUCUCCACAAGAGCAGCUUAAGAAGGAUGCCGCGAACCAUGACCAGAGGGGAUCCUGUCCUGUGGGCACUGGGUUGGUACUGCCAGGGUAUGAAGGAACUGGGGGCAGAAAGUCAAGCCAAAUUGAUAUCCAGCAACUGGUACGGGCACUGGGCACCUCAAAGGAACGCCUGUCAAAAUGCCAACGACCGACGCAGUUCUGGCUGAGUGUAGCUGAGAGGCAUCUAACGUGGGACGACGUAGACACCGGCACAGGACGCUCCCCUGCACGGUGACUACAGCAGACCACCUGCCCGGCAAGGAAGUGGCCUGGGCAGACCGCGGUCAAUCUCGUGCCCUCCACUGUCUUCAGCUGAUGGUUUGGUAUUUUCUAUGAUGCGGCCUUCACCACCAGUGCUUAUGUCACCUUGGAAUCAGUGGGGGGUGGAGGGAGAGAUGGCAGUUUCAAGUCACCCCAGUGAUGAAUAAAAUACACGCCUUCACAGGA